CAACGUUUCCCCCACGAGACAAUUCGGAUGGGCGGGGCUUGCUGCCAUGGUUACGCCUAAACCAAAAGUUGUGAUUUAUUUACAGGCUGUCUGUCUCGUCUGUCUCUCGGGGCUAAGUUUGCCGCACUAUGGCCUUCUUCGGUUUAACACACCUGGGUUAUCAAAACCCAAUAGGCGAUAAAAUGAUAGUGAAUCCCAGAGGAGCGUCUCAGUUCCGGGAUGGUGAGAUUAACACCAGAGCAGGACUGCCUCCAUCUCUUCAAGGAGAACAGGGACCCCUCAGAUGUAAUGACACAUGCAGCGUUUACCACCAGCCUCUUCCCUACAGCGCUGACAUACACCAUGGGAGCCAUGAGCGAUACAAAGAGAUGGUCAAACGGGUUCAAACACCCAGGGCCCCUAACCAGCUGUACAUAGUGCCUCUAACAGACAGCCAGCAGUAUGGAUGGAUGAUGUCCAGGAAUCCUGAACCAUGGACCCAAGUCAAACGCUUUCCCCGAAAGAACAGUGAGAUGACAAAGUUUGUUAAAGAAAUGUCAGCGACAGACCCGGAGUUCAGCCUGUUCUGACAGCCUUUCUUCUUCAGUUAUGUCACACACACACACACACACACACACACGCAAGCAGCAUCAGUUUUGAUGUGCAUUACGGAGAUUAAAUUGAUAGCAGAUCCACUUUUUUUUUUU